AUGGAUGCUGGAAAAUCUGGGAUGCUCUGCUGGAUUCUGCUGUUUGUCUUCUUUCCACUGCCUACAUCUGCAGGUGAGAAAACCAUCACAGCUGAGUCUGGACAGAACAUCACGCUGCCAUGUCAAGCUCCAAACAACAAAAAAAUCAUAGUUGUAGAGUGGAGCAGAGCUGAUCUGGAGACAGAUUAUGUCCUUUUGUACCGGGAUGAGCAGCUUGCUCCAGAAGAGCAGCAUCCAUCCUUUAAGGACCGGGUGGAUCUGCAGGACAGACAGAUGAAGGAUGGAGACGUGUCUUUGAUCCUGAAGGAUGUGAUGGUUAAUGACACUGGAAUUUACGAGUGUCGUGUCAUCCUGGAAGAUAAAAAACACAGGAGCAGAGCUCACCUGAAGACUCACCCCAUCAUCACCAUCACCCUGAAUGUUGCUCCUCCUCCAGGUGAGUGA